AAUGAGCGCGGGGGGCGGGAGCGGAGCGGGAGCGGGCGGGCAGCGCUCCCGCCGCGUCCCACCGCGUCCCACCGCGCCGCCACACACAAAACUGCGGGGCUGCCGCGGACCGGGCCAAGCGCAGCCGCUCCCCGCGACCGAGGGGGCGCGGAGCAGCCUCCUCCGAGCCGAGCCGAGCCGAGCCGAGCCGAGCCGAGCCGAGCCGUGCCGUGCCAUAUAGAGCCGAGCCGUGUAGACCCGAGCCGAGCCGUGUAGAGCCGCGCCGCUGCGGGGGGCGCUGCUCGCUCCGCGCCGUGCCGGGUUUUUUAUUUCCAAUUUUUGAUCGCAGCUGCAUUUCCCUCCCCCCGCCCCCCCGCGCCGAGGAGGAGCCCCGGCUUUAUGUGGCGCUGCCCGGGGAGCGCUCGGCGGCCGCCAAGUUCUUUGUGUCGCCGUCGCCGUCUUUUUUUUUUUUCUUUUUUCUUUUUUUUUUUUUUUUUUGGUUUUAAAUGUAUAACUUCAUGGGGCUGAACAGCACGGCCGUAGCUAUUCAGCCCAAUGUGUCCUGCACAUGCAACUGCAAAAGGUCUUUGUUCCAGAGCAUGGAGAUCAGCACUGAAUGUUUAGGUCGCACCUUUCCAGGUAAACUGGCGGAGUUGGAGUUUGUACAGAUAAUCAUAAUCGUGGUGGUGAUGAUGGUGAUGGUGGUGGUGAUCACGUGUCUGCUGAACCACUACAAACUCUCUGCGCGAUCCUUCAUCAGCCGGCACAGCCAAGGGAGGCGGAGGGAUGAGAACCUCUCAUCAGAGGGAAGCCUGUGGCCUUCGGAAAGCACCGUGUCAGGGAAUGGAAUAACAGAGCAAAUCUACACCCCGAGACCCAGCGACCGCCUGGCAGUGCCAUCCUUCCUGCAGAGGGACCGCUUUAACCGAUUCCAGCCAACCUACCCCUACAUGCAGCACGAGAUCGACCUGCCUCCCACCAUCUCGCUGUCGGACGGUGAAGAGCCCCCCCCAUACCAGGGACCCUGCACGCUGCAGCUGCGGGACCCCGAGCAGCAAAUGGAGCUCAACAGAGAGUCGGUCCGGGCCCCCCCCAACAGAACCAUCUUCGACAGUGACUUGAUAGAUAACUCUGUGUACGGGGGGCCGUGCCCCCCCAGCAGUAACUCUGGCAUCAGCGCGACCUGCUAUGGGAGCAAUGGUAGGAUGGAGGGACCGCCGCCGACAUACAGCGAGGUGAUAGGGCACUACCCAGGGUCGACGUUUUACCAGCACCAGCAGAACAACAACGGGAUGCCUUCCAUCUUGGAGGGCAGCAGACUCCAUCAUUCACAAAUCAAUGGCCUUGAGAGCACAACUGCGUGGAACAAAGAGAAAGAGAAACAAAAAGGGCACCCCUUUUAAAAAAAAUAAAUAAAAAAGGAAAAAAAAAAAAGAAAAAAGGCAAGAAAGUAAAUGAAACACUCUGCACUUCUCAUAAAAAGAAAAAGGAGAGAGAGAGAGAGAGUUGAGGAAGAUGAGCAACGAAAAAAGCCCUUCCCCAUUCUCUCCAUGUAUAAAUAUUUACUUGUUAUGUCUGGUCUGAAUGCACAAGCCUACCAAGCUUGCAAAAACAUUUCUUUAUUGAGCUGUGUCUAGACCUUUAAAAAGGAAAAAAAAAAAAUCAACUGUAGUCUUUUUUUUUUUUCUAGUUGAGCUGUGUGUGAAUGCUUUUUAUUUUGAUUAUUUCACUUAUCUUUAAAGACAAAAUAUUUGCACAAAAAAACGUUUUGUUUAAAGAUCUGCAAUAUAAAUAUAUAAAUAUAUAUUAAAAAUAAGAGAAAGUGUAUGUGUAAGGAGCAGGAGUAUUUUUGUAUUAGAAGAGGCCUAUUCAAAAAAAAAAAAAAAAAGUUGUUUUCUGAACUAGAAGAAAAAUGGCAAUUUUUUGAGUGCCAACUCAAAAAGCGUGUAUUACAUUGUAAAAAAACAAAAAACACAAAAAAAAAAUCAAAAGCAGGGGUUUAGAGUUAUUUAUAUAAAUGUUGAAAUUUUGCACUAUUUUUUAAUAUAAAUAUGUCAGUGCUUGUGUUGGUCAAAGCCUCUAUCAUGUCUACCAUGAACCUGUUAAGGGAUCUAUGUCGAAGUGAAGAACAAAGUAGCUGGAAGGGGGUGGAGAGACGCUGAAGUGGAGCUGCCAGCCCCGGGCGGAGCGGUGAGCAAGACUGCAUCUUAUGCAAAUCCUUAAUUUCCAGAGUCCCUGCGCGUGGCCGCACGGCUUUACACAUUCCCUACAAAGCAAGAGGAGUUGGUGUGUAUCUGUAUGUCAUCCCGUAGGAUUAUUGGAGUGAAAAGGUAAAAGAAAGCCUCCCUGCUUCUGAGAGUCAGUAACGGCUGAAGCAGCAGAAAUUACUUGAUUUUAUUUUUAUUUUUUAUUUGGACAACCUCUAAGUUUUGGAGGGGGGUGGUGGGGAUGAGAAUAAACUUCUGUGUCUGAAGGAACAAAGUGGUUUUCGGUUUAUUUCUUUCAAUGUACAACUGAAGGGCCCUAUUUGGAGCUUAAAGCGGUGAUUAUGGAAGUUACUGGGAGUAAAUGGUAACAUGCCCACUGGCUGCCUUUCAGCUGGGCUUUAAAUGACAUUGACAGUCCAAGCUGAAAAGUGUGGUGGUGGUGAAAGUCAUCUUCAUUUUGUAUUAACCUCCCAAACCUUUAUUUGGGACAAACAGGCUCAGCCGUGUCAGCUAUUUUUUACUGUAUUAUCCUAGCUAAAAGGGUGUCAGAUACAGUAGAUGGAAAUGAAUCUGCUCCUGUGAUGUAGUAAUUAAAGGCUGAAGAAAUACGCUUAAUGCUUUAGAAGCAAAACCCCCUUUACCUCUUCUGAAGAUGUCCUCAGCCACAGCAGCACGGUCCCGCUGCCCUCCCGCCCGCCGGGUGUUGCGUGUCUUUAAUUUAUCUUGGUUCCAGAAGCAUUUUGUCACUAUGCUAUUGUUUACAUGUGUAUAUUGCGCAGGUGUCUGGUAGGUGUUUGACCCUCGUGGUGAAUCUGUAUGUGAUGGAGCGCGCGAGUGAGAAACCUGAGAGCAAAGAGAGAGAAAGCAAAAGGGAAUAAACUGGGGUCCCAGUCCCAUCCCUCUGGCUGGGAGAGCAUCUCCCGAGCAUGAAGAGGGAUGGGUCGGGAACCACAAAGAGCGAAGCUUUUACAAGGGGGUGUGCUUACAUUUUCUGCAGGAUGCUAUCUAGUAGAGUGACAUAAAUGAAAGAUAUAAAGGCAAUAACUAUUGUUUUUAAGCAACUUUUCUAUUACUUGAAGAAAAAGAAAAAAAAAAAGAACCAUGCAAAAGGUUUUGAAGUUCUGACCAUUUGAACAAUAUUUAUAUAUAUUUUAAAGAAGAUGAUGAAUAGCUGAACUUGAAGUUUGAUCAUUAUUUUUUGCCUUUUUUUUUUUGUUUAAUUUUUGCCUAGAACUAGUCCUGUACCUUCUCAAUAUUUCAAACUGCUUUUUCACAGCUCUUGAAAUCUUCAUAGCUUUACAGUCCUGUAACCUAAAUUUUGAUGACCUAAAAAAAAAAAAAAAGCCACAAAAAAAGUCAAGCAAAGGAAUAAAUCUAGUUCGUCAUGAAAGGUACAAACCUGAUGAAUUUAUAGGAGUUUUUAAAUUGUAUCUUUCCUUUAUGUAACAUGUCUAUUUAGUGCCUUAUUAAAGAAACAGUAACCCUCCCUUUUUAAGAGAGGGGGAAACAAAAUCAUCAUUAGCAUCACAAGUAACCAGCGUCUGGUCUCUUGCUCCUUUGGACCUUGCAUUCGGUUUUCCAGUCCCUCCUUUCCCGGCAGUGCUGCCUGCUCCCUGGAGCAGCUCCAUGGGCCUGGCUCCAUGAGCUGCUGCCGCUGCUCUUCUCCGACUGUUUGUAAGGGAACUUGAACACAUUUAUGCACAUUAUCCUACCCGGGGAGGUAGGAAAACUGUGGUGGAUAUUGUAAAUGAGAUACCAACCAAAAGAGAAACCGAAAUAUAAUAUCUACUGCCCUCUUGAGCCAAAAUGCAUGAAUAGUGUUAUUGGGGUUGCUUUUUUUUUAGGGGGGAGGGAGGGGAUGUUGUUCUGUGAUCUGAAUUAAUUUGUUUGCUACAAAAAAAUGGUUACCUCAGCAGGUUUUGGGUGGAAUAUGCAUCACACAUUUAGAAGUGAGCAGCGAAUGAGGAGGUGUCGUGGGGACCGGAGGUUGUUAAGUAACGGGAUUGUCUUGUCGAGUGGUGUCACUUGGCCACCAAACCCCGUAGAGAGGUCAGGGAGGUGGGCAAGGUCUGGAGAGGCACGGAAGGGUAGUGGGAAAAGGUCUAAAAAUGCAGUGCAAUUAAACCCAGCUCUUGUGCUUUGGAGUCCUCAAAAUUUCAACCAAUUCUCUUUUUUCCCUUUUUUCCUCUUUCCCCAAUCCACUCCCAGCGUGAUCUUUCUUUUCUCAAGCAUCUGCAGUUGUGUGAUCAGUUUGUUGAGUUUCUGGGUCCAGUUUCAGUUACCUCUUUCUCUAGUUUGAGGAAUUUAGUGAGUGUGAAAAGGGGCAGCUUGUCAGCACCAAAUUUCUAUUGCAGGCGCUGCCUUUCAGUCCAUGCCAUGCACAAACAAAACCCAAGGUGCCAGUGCAGGUCCCUGGGGAGCAGCUGCAGCCCUGGUGGGGGGAUCCCGGGGUUCCAGGCAUGGAUGCCCCUCGAGUCCACCUCAAUGGAGCCUUUUGUCUUUCUUCAGUCCAUCCCUCUGCUUUGCAGUCCCAAGAACUGUAUAUUUCAAGUGCAGAUACCAGAUCUGGGGCACAGAUCAACUCCAAGUUCUGAAUGGGUGUUUAGAAAUAAUGGUCUGUUCUUUUUUAUUAUUGUUGUUGUUGUUGUUAUUAUUAUUACUAUUUAAUAUUACUUUUUGCCUCGGGGUCCAUUUCUCCCCAAUUCCCACAUCCCGUAUUGCCAUCAAGGCAGAGAAUUUGCUUUGCACACCCUUGCUAAUGUCUCUACUCAUUUCCUUCUGGCCUUCAUGCGGCUCAGGAGAGAACUGUACUACAAGCUGGGCUGCAGUCCUGCUCCGUAGGAGUUUCUAGCAUCUUGCAGCUGCCAGCAGAGAGAUUCAGGCCCCUCAAGAAUGAUUUAUUUUUAAACAAAUACAGAAGAAACAAGGCAUUGCUAAUGCUUAGCAACCUCUUGUCCUAGCCUGCCUUUUUGCUUGAAGUUUUAAGUCACGUUAGCUUUAAAAGGGGUUGUUAAUCUUACAGAGUUUCUUAGCUUACAGUACGGCAAACAGCAUCCUUAAAGUGCCCCCGAAUCUUUAUGGCCUGGAAUGGGAUCGUGGCUUUGUCGGUCAGGAUGGUGAGGAAGGGUGGGUUUCAUUUGGGGCUGACACUGGUACAACUUGUGUUCCCUUCACAACCCUUGAUUUCACCAGUUCGAAGAUUCAGCUUUACUAAUCUAGUGCGUUGUUUCCAUAAAGUGUUACGAAAUUCAUUCUGUCUUAAGCGGGCGUAUAAGCAAAUCCAACUGCGUUCUGGAGACUCACCCUUUUGUAUGAGUAUUGAACUAUAAAAUUGCACUAACUGCUAUAUUACAAAAUAAAGAAAGGAAAGCCCAACAUUUUUUACUAAGGAUCGGGAACAGACUGUACCCAGAUGUGUAGCAUUAACAGUGCUAGGUGAGAACAGAAUGAAUUUUUAAUCUUUUCUGUCUCUGUGUCGCUCAGAGAUUUUCUAUGUACCACACAAAGCUACAAACACAAGUUUUCCAGAAACUGCGCUUCAAAUUUUCGCUGUACUAUAGAAGCUCAUGAAGGACAACAUUAAAGUCCUAAUUUGCCUGCCUUAUAGACACAUUUCGUUGUAUUAAUAUUUUCUUAAACUUCCAGUUGCAUUGCGUUGGCUUUGGAGUUUGUUAUAGGCAGUCCUGUAUCCUGAGUUCUGUUCAAGUUUAAACUUAUGUAAACUAUUGACAGCACAUGCAAUGCAGUACUUAUCUAUAUUUUGCUGUUUUAGUAUGAAUAUGUACUCUGAUGCCAAUUUACAAAAACCUGUUGUAAACGCUUAUUGUGUAACAGUAACCGAUAGUGGCAAUUAUAUGUCAUUCUAAAAGCUGCAAUACUUAUACAAUAAAUUUUACAAUACUUUGGAAAAUCUGCCUUCACCUUUUGCUUUGUUACCCAAAAAUCAGAGUUUGCCAACACAAUGUAAUUUCAAAAGCUCUUCCUGUUUUCAAAUAUUGGAAAAUUAAUAUUCUCAGUUCUUUCUAUCUGUGUGGUUUUCUCCCCCUUCCUUGUUAAGGAGCCUUCUGAAUAACAGGCCAACCUCUGUAUUGCCACGAUGUGUUUUCUCCCGUGAAGCUGUAGCUGGUUCCUGGUGUAUUUGCAUGCUCGGUCCGUGUGUGCGUGUACAAUUCUGUUUUCUUUUGAGUAGAUCAGGUGUCACAGCUUUAAUCCCAGAAGCAUUCCUGGUUUGCACCAGUAUGUCCAACACUUGCAAUCCUGCCUUUCAGCCAAGAACAUCACUGAUGGUCAGAAGGUCUUAACUUGAAUAAUCGUCAAUCAACAAGAACUGCGUAGAUUGACUCAAAUCCUAAGCACAGAUAAUUUGUGUGAGUUUUUCCUUUCUGAGACUGUGGUCAAGUUGCAGUGAUCACAUUAAAAUGAUUGAAAACUUAA